AUGGCUUCAGAGACCUAUACAGUCUUCUACAAACCCAAAGGCGUCAUUGAGUUGCUGGAAUCUGGCACGGGCCAGAGAGAUGACGGAAUUCUACUUGAACGUGCACUGCACGGAUCCAUAGCCCAAUUUCUCGAAAAUCCCACAGCGACAGGGAAACAGAAACUCGCGUGGGCAUGUCAAGCCACGAAAGCUGUCAGCGCAACACACGAGGCCAGUGUCUACCACUGCGAUAUAAGUGUCAAUAAUCUCCACCUAGACGAGAGUUUGACCAUCAAGCUUUGCGACUUCCAAGGACAGCUUCUCCGUCUGGACGGCACUGUCGACAGAGAUGGCCUUUCUAGGGAAAACACCAAAUCCUGUAUGCCUCGAACCGACGACGACUACUCGUAUCGAAAGACCGAUAUUUUCGCUCUCGGCUUUGCACUGUACUACAUAUUGCAGGGUCACGAACCCUUCCCGGACCUGGAUCCUGGCGAUGAUGAGGAGGAAAUCAAAAGAAGAUUCAUGUCGGGCCAAUUCCCUGAGCUGCCGUCCCACUUGAUGAACCUCGUGACCCACAAGUGCUGA